UUGACUGCCAAUUUGCCAUCAAUCUCAGACAGGAAUGUCCUAACACCCUCCCUUCUCUCUCUCUCUCUAGAAAUCCACAGGUUUAACAGAUUUGAUCAAUACCCUUCAGCUGAAAUCGCUUCAUUUGCCUGUUUCUGAGUUCGGGUCAUGCAUUUUUCUCCGAACCACCGAUCUCUUCCGCUUCAGAGAAUCCUGACCCAUUCGGUAAGUUAUAGACUUCUAUAAUCAAUUUGAGAGUAAUCGGGAAGGGGAUCUGCUCAAUUCUCUUUUCUUGAGCUAAUGGCUUCAGUAAGCAUAGCGCCUGCUUCUGGGUUGAGAGAACCCAAUGGGAAUACUGUUGGUGUUGAUAGGUUGCCUGAUGAGAUGAAUGACAUGAAAAUUAGGGAUGACAAGGAAAUGGAAGCUACUGUGGUGGAUGGUAAUGGGACAGAGACUGGUCAUAUAAUUGUAACAACUAUUGGAGGGAAAAAUGGCCAGCCAAAGCAGACCAUCAGCUAUAUGGCAGAGCGUGUUGUUGGGCAUGGAUCUUUUGGAGUAGUGUUCCAGGCAAAGUGCUUAGAGACUGGUGAAACAGUUGCAAUUAAAAAAGUUCUUCAAGACAAGAGAUACAAGAACAGAGAGUUACAGACUAUGCGUCUUCUGGACCACCCUAACGUUGUGUCGCUGAAGCACUGUUUCUUUUCAACAACUGAAAAGGAAGAGCUCUAUCUUAAUUUAGUGCUUGAGUAUGUCCCUGAGACUGUUCAUCGGGUGAUCAAACACUACAAUAAGAUGAACCAGAGGAUGCCAAUGAUAUAUGUGAAACUUUACACUUACCAGAUUUGUAGAGCGCUGGCUUACAUUCAUGGUGGUAUUGGAGUAUGCCACAGGGAUAUAAAACCUCAAAAUUUAUUGGUUAACCCACAUACCCACCAGCUGAAGCUAUGUGAUUUUGGAAGUGCAAAAGUUUUGGUAAAAGGGGAAUUGAACAUAUCUUACAUCUGUUCUAGGUACUAUCGAGCACCUGAACUUAUAUUUGGUGCAACCGAAUACACCACAGCCAUUGAUAUCUGGUCAGCCGGCUGUGUUUUGGCUGAACUACUGCUUGGACAACCUCUCUUUCCCGGGGAGAGUGGAGUGGAUCAGCUUGUGGAAAUCAUUAAGGUUUUGGGCACCCCAACAAGGGAGGAAAUUAAGUGCAUGAAUCCCAAUUACACAGAAUUUAAAUUCCCACAAAUUAAAGCCCACCCAUGGCACAAGAUAUUCCAUAAGCGGAUGCCCCCUGAGGCCGUCGAUCUUGUCUCAAGACUGCUGCAGUACUCUCCGAACCUUCGUAGCACAGCUCUGGAGGCUUUGAUCCAUCCCUUUUUUGAUGAGCUACGUGAGCCAAACACCCGUCUGCCAAAUGGACGUUUCCUUCCCCCAUUGUUCAACUUCAAGCCUCAUGAACUAAAGGGCGUGCCUGUGGAUAUGUUGGUGAAGUUGAUCCCAGAACAUGCGAGAAAGCAAUGUGCCUUCCUUGGGUUGUGAUGCGGUUCUUUGUAAUUGAUGAGUGUUCACAGCAGAAAAGUGCAGUCUGCCAUCAAGAAGUAGCUAUUUUUUAAUUUUCUCCUCUUCAUUUGUUCUUUCUACCUUUUAGUUUCCCUGGUAUUCAUUUCUUGUUUCUAAAAGCAGAUCAAGCAAGCUAUGCUUUAUAUGUUCCCAAAUUAUAACAGUAUAUUGAAUGCAAAGAUUGUUUUCUUCUUUUCAAGUA